AUGGGCCAGACUAAUGACCUGAUCUCAAUCUGUCCGCACCACAGACUCUUCUCCAAGAAAGCAGGCAUCCCACUCCCAGCCAAUGACCCGUUCUACUUUACCCGACCAGACGACUUUUCGGCCCUCGGCAAUGGUGCCAUCCUCCGUUCGCGUUCCAUCGAGGUCGUCUACUUUCCCGGCUUCGAAGACCCACCCCUCCAGGCAUGGCAGGUGGCGUACAAAACGAAAGCGCAAGAUGGCAUGACACCUCAGGUCACGGUCCUUACCAUUCUCCGCCCUUCGACAGCAACACCGGACAAAGACGGCAAAUACCGUAUCAUGAUCUAUGGCGCUAAAUGCGAUUCUGCGGGAACCAACUUUCGUACCAGCUACGCGCUGAGAGCGGGUAACGAUUAUACACUCGGCGCUGCUUCCGAGCAGAUCUUUAUCGCGCCAUGUUUGGAUCGAGGUUGGAUCACAGUAAUACCGGAUUAUGAGAGCGAGACGUGUGCCUUUGGUGCAGGAUUCCAGAGCGGCUAUGCCUUUUUGGACUCGAUUCGUGCCAGUCUCAAUUUUGAACCUAUGGGGGUGACUAAGGAUGAGAAUGGCACGUUCAAAGCAAAGAUCACCAUGUGGGGUUACUCGGGCGGUGCACUGGCGGUUGGAUGGGCAGCACAGUUGCAACCGACCUACGCUGCUGAUUUGACACAGUACUUGGUCGGAGCGAGUAUGGGUGGCUUACCGAGCGACCUGAAGGCGAUCGCUAAGCAUACCAACAAGGGUAUCGCAGCAGGACUCAUUGUCGGAGUCAUGCAGGGGCUCGCGAACGCUUACCCCGAACUGCAAGAAUGGCUCAACCAGCACGCCAACAAAACGGGUGCAGCUGCGCUCGAAAUGGCGCUCACGAAAAGCUUCAAAGUGAUCAUGUCUAGCACUAUCAACAAAGAUGUGCUCGGAACCUAUUUCAAUACGACCGAUCUUCUCGAGGAGCGCAUUCCUGCGCACGUGAUCAGUGAGAACCAAAUGGGCAUCAACGAACUCGUACCCACGGUUCCUUGUCAAAUCUACCAGUCGCUGCAUGAUGAAGUGGUACCGUUCAAGACGACCGAUGAUCUUGUCGUGGCUUGGAGCGCCAAAGGUGCAUGCAUCGAUUAUACGAGGGAUCAAUUGUCGGCACACAUCAUCUUGUGCUUUACCGGCUGUCCCGCAGCGAUCGAAUGGAUGCAGGAUCGAUUUGAUGCAAAACCGACAAAGGCUCGAAAGGGCACGCCGAGCGUAGAGACGGUCGUGACGAGCUUGGAUACGAGUGAAGCCAGCAGGACGCUGGGUAAGCAGCGGCAGAAUGAUAUGCAGAGCCUGUUGGAGAAUCAGUACAAGAAGCCAGGUCGCAACUGGUGGACUUGA